AUGAACAAGUAAUUUGAGUAACAAAGAGUAGCAUCUGUUGUAAAAAGGAAUUUACAAAAGUUUAAAAUACUAGUAGGUGAUAAAGAAAAGAAAUUUAAUGAUCUCUUGACUCCAUUCACCAAACUUGAUACCUUUAUUGAUGCCAAAUCUAUACUCAAAUCAAUAGUAAAGCCAUCUAAUAAAAUAUUGGAUCCUUUAACAACUUGUGAAAUUCAAAAGUAAUAAUAUUAGAGAAGCACAUUUGUUAAUGGAGAUUACAACUCGGAUAAUUUUUAUGAAGAUGUAGAUUAAUUGAUCAAUCACUUAGAAAAAGAAUAAUCAGAAAUGAUAACAGUCGGAACCAAGAAAAUAAGUAAAAGUGAAAUACUCGAAUUCAAAUCAAAACAUCCAAAUUACGAAUUAGUUAGUAAACAAUUUGCUGAGAAAUCCAAGAGAAUGAUUGCAAAUUUGAAUAGGCAAUCUACGAGAAUAUUUAAUAAGAAAUACUCAUUGAUUCAUCUUUCUCCUAGAUAAUCAAUUAGUAAUCAAUAUAUAGCCUUAGGUUCAGAGAGAGAUCCAUCAUCAUCGAAAUAUUCUCAUUCUAAAUUGCUCUAGGGAUUAGAAUUAAAGGCAUAAAAGUCUCAAUUUAAAAUAAAAACAGAACCAACAUCUCAAAGAAACUAUAAUUAAAAAAUUCAAUAACUAAUUAAUGACAUUGAAGGAGUGCAUAAAUAGAUGAUAGAUGAAACAGAUUAAUUAUAAAAAAAAACCAGUAGGUUUAUCUUAAACUAAUCUAAAAGUAAUUCUAAAAUCCCUUAAUUCGACUAUCUUGCUACUGAUACAAAUUUUGCAUUUACAAAAAUAAAGAAAAGAAUAAUUUGA